AUGGCAACCAAAUCUCUCUACUUGGAGGGUAGGCCGCCAGAAGAAACGUUGUGUUCUGUGGAUAUUUCAGGCCUCAAGACGUUGGAUGACCUGAAGUAUCGUACUGCCAGCAUUUUCGGAGUGGCACUUCCUAAGUCCAUAUCAUUCCAUAAUGAAUCCGGUUUACUGUCCAGUAUGGACGAUAUCAGUACGACCGUCACCAAAAUCGGCGUCCACGUGGAUGACUCGGUGAUCAGAGUGCCCCAUGGCCCCCGGGAGCUGCCAUUUGUCGGACAAUAUUUCGAAAUUCACCCCGACCACCUUGGGAACCAUGAGAGGCUAUUCCAAAAGUAUGGGAAUGUCAUCAAGACAGUCGUCAUGGGAAGGACUGUCUACCUCACAAAUGACCCGCGGGUGACGGAAGUCGUCUUUGGUGAGAACGAAUUCUUCACCAAAAAGACCUCCGACUUCAAUCAUCCAUUCUUCUGGGUGAAUGACAAUAUGGCGCUUCUUGUUGGCGACACUGGGGCUCCAGCCGUUAAACUGGCCCACAAGUUCAUACCGCCGAGUAUGUCCACCGCGGCCGCCCAACACUAUAUGCCGAUUCUCCAACAUGCAAUCCAAGACUCGUUUGCGGUCUUUGACCAGCUCGAUGACCGUCAGGCCGCCUGGAACACUUUCCAGUUUAUGUUCAAGCUGAGUGGGCAGAUGAUAGGCAAGGUGGCGCUGGGAAUGGACCUGGAUCACUUCCAGACAGUCGACACACAACCACAUCAGAUUAUGCACCUGCUGGGAGAAUCUAUUCGUCUCACAAGGCAAGCCUCUCUGAGCCACCCUUAUCUCGUAUAUCUUCCCUUUAGCGCUGCUGCGAUCCAGUCCACCUGCAUUGCAGACUACCUCAAGCGAGCUGUGGAUGAAGAUAACCAAAAGAUGCCCAAGGAAUACAUUCUACCUAAUCUUGUAUCGAUCUUGGCAGCGGGUCUAUCUACCACGUCCUCCGUGGGGUCCUACCUCCUCUACCUCCUAGCGCACCACCAAGACAUGCAGAGCAGAAUCCUCCAGGAGCUGAUCAAUAACAAUGUGACUCCAACAGCAUCCUGGGACUACAAAACGCUAAUGUCACUCCCAUUCCUGGACAGCUUUGUCAAGGAGACCCUCCGCCUCCACAACCCAGCCUUCCAACCCGCCCGCUAUGCCAAAAAGGACGUCAUCGUCCCAGGUGCCUACCAUCUACCUGCCGGCGCAGUCGUCAAUCCGGUCUUCUUCUCCCUUCACCGCAACAAAGACUACUGGGAGAAUGCACACCGAUUUGACCCGGACCGCUGGCUGGCCGCUGAUGUGCAGAAGCACCGCACGGCGUACACCCCAUUUGCUGUAGGCCCUCGGCGAUGCGUAGGCUUCAAUCUAGCCAAUCUUCAGCUACGGUUGAUGCUCGCGAUGCUAAUCUUUCGGUAUAAGUUCGUUGAUGUGUCGCCUGAGCCCGUAGUCAACGAUCAUGAGUAUUUGCUAGAUAGGCUGGUGAACUGUUAUGUUAGAGCAGUAAGAAGAACGUCGUGGCCAGAGAAGGAGCUUUAG